AGCGCUAGCGCCGCCAUGCCCAGCUCCACCGGCCAGCCCGACGGCGGCGGGGGCGCGCGCGGUGGCGGGCCCGGGGCGGCGGUCGGCGCGGACCCCAGCCCGGCCCCCCCGCCGCCCCCACCCGAGGGUGCUGAGGAGGCCGCGCCCCGGCCGCCGCCCGAGCCCGACGACGCGGCUGCAGCGCUGCGCCUGGCCCUGGACCAGCUCUCGGAGCUGGGGCUGGGGGGCGCGGGUGACCAGGACGAGGAGGGGGCGGCCGCGGGCGGCGGGGACGGUGCGGCGGCUGCGGGCGGGGGCACAGACGGCGGGACCGAGGCGGAACCCGCGCCCCCCGACGGGCCCGAGACGGGCGCUCCCGGAGUGGCCGUGGCCCCCGGCCCGCUGCCGCUGCUGGAGCCCGACGUGAGCCCUCGGCCGUCGCCGCCCGACGUGUUCGCGGGCUUCGCUCCCCACCCCGCGGCCCUGGGCCCCCCGACGCUGCUGGCCGAGCAGAUGAGCGUGAUCGGCAGCCGCAAGAAGAGCGUGAAUAUGACCGAGUGUGUGCCCGUGCCGAGCUCCGAGCACGUCGCCGAGAUCGUGGGUCGCCAGGGGUGCAAGAUCAAGGCUCUGCGCGCUAAGACGAACACGUACAUCAAGACGCCGGUGCGUGGGGAGGAGCCAGUCUUCAUUGUGACUGGCCGCAAGGAGGACGUGGAGAUGGCCAAGCGCGAGAUCCUGUCGGCUGCCGAGCACUUCUCUGUGAUCCGUGCCACGCGCAGCAAGGCUGGCGGGCUGCCUGGCGCGACGCAAGGCCCGCCCAACCUGCCAGGACAGACCACCAUACAGGUGCGCGUGCCCUACCGCGUGGUGGGGCUGGUGGUGGGGCCCAAGGGCGCCACCAUCAAGCGUAUCCAGCAGCGGACGCACACGUACAUCGUAACGCCCGGGCGUGAUAAGGAGCCGGUGUUCGCUGUGACCGGCAUGCCAGAGAAUGUGGACCGAGCCCGAGAGGAGAUUGAGGCCCACAUCACUCUGCGCACGGGUGCCUUCACCGACGCAGGCCCGGACAGCGACUUCCACUCCAAUGGCACCGACGUCUGCCUGGACCUGCUUGGGGCAGCCGCGGGCCUCUGGGCCAAGGCCCCCAACCCGGGGCGACGGCCCCCAGCGCCUACGGCCAGUCUCCGAGGGGACGCUGCCCUGGGUGCCCCAGGAGGCCCCGAGGCUUUCUAUGCCGGCAGCCGCGGGGGGCCACCUGUGCCCGUGCCGGUCCCAGACGCGGGCCCCGCCAGCCCCUACGGCGCCUCAGGCAACGGGGGCUUCACCUUCGGUGGGGACGGUACCGGGGCUGCUGCGGGGCCACCGGCCCCGGAGGACUGUGACUUCGGCUUCGACUUCCUGGCGCUGGACCUGACCGUGCCUGCCGCGGCCACCAUCUGGGCCCCCUUUGAUCGGGCUGCGCCCCUGCCGGCCUUCAGCGGCUGCUCGGCUGUCAACGGGGCCCCCGCGACCCCCGGCCCCGGCGCCCGGCGCAGCAGUGGGGCAGGGACACCCCGGCACUCGCCCACACUGCCUGAGCCCGGCGGCCUGGGACUGGAGCUCCCGCUGGCCCGCCGCCCCGCACCCGACCCGGUGGGUGCCCUGCCUUGGCGGCCCCCGCAAGGUUCCCUAGCGUCCUUCUCGAGUGGCUCCAGCUUCUCCACGGCCACUUCACUACCCAGUGGCUCCUCGGCCUCCUCGCUGGACUCUGGCGCCACCGAGAGCAGCCGCAAGCCCCUGGCCGCCCCGCCCCCCGCCCCCACCGCUGCCCUGGCGCGGGAGUGCGUGGUGUGCGCGGAGGGCGAGGUGAUGGCUGCGCUGGUGCCCUGCGGUCACAACCUCUUCUGCAUGGACUGCGCCGUCCGCAUCUGCGGCAAGAGCGAGCCCGAGUGCCCGGCCUGCCGCACGCCCGCCACCCAGGCCAUUCAUAUCUUUUCCUAGCCAGUCACCUCGCCGCACCCGCGGGCCCAGGCCAUCCGCGGGCGCGGGGCGGGGAUCUCGGGGCGGGCGGUGGGGAGGGGGGGGCGGGCGGCGUGGCCAGUGUUACAGACGAGCUUUAACUCCGGUCCCAGGCGUGGAGACGGCGACCCGGCGGCCCAGUGGCACCUCAGUUCUUAACAAAUGACAAUAUUGAGUCGACAGGUUAAAAUAAAUCAGAGAAAAGGCCUGCUUGCCUGCUUGCACUUUUUAUUUAAGACACCCCCCCCCCCACGCUAGGGUGAUCUUUUUAAGAAAAAGAAAAAGAGGAUUUUUACAGCGCUCCUUUGUUCUUUUGUAUGUAGCAGAUAUCCAUUUGACAGUGUUUUCCCGCGGUCUUAGCCUCUGCGGAAACUUCCAUGAGGAGGAGGGCUCCCUUUUUGGGGCCAACCCCUUACCUGUUAGUAUGUAAGCCAGGCAGGCCGAAGGGGGGAGGGGGGAGGGGUGUCCAGAACUUUCUAACUUUUUUUUUUAAUUAUUAAUCCCCUUCUGCUGUGUUUUCUGUUGUCAGUUUUUAAAUUUUUUAAUUGGUUUUUUUUUUCAAACUUUUACUUUUUACCUCUUGUGAAUAUGUAGGGAAUUUAUAGGGAAAUAUGUACUUUAUGGAAUAAAUUUUAAGAACUAAAAUAUAUUUUAUUUUAAAUAAAGUAACGGACCUUUAAUCUUACACAGCUAAAUUACUGAUUAUAUAUUUGCUGAGCUGACCUGAGUUCAGAAAAUUGUAUCGAGAGUUUUAUUUUUUGACUUCAAAAGCCUUCUUAAUAAAGUCUUUUUACUACAUGUGA